AUGACAUCGACAUCAGAUGGUGACGUUUCCUUUAGAUAUAGCGGUGAUCUUGCUGCAUAUGGGUUGGAAAGUGAAGCUUACUCCUGGAGAGAGAAUCAAGAAACCGAUAAAGAAGCGCCACCUAAGAAAAAUUUGGAAAUUAGCGAUAAUCAAAUACUGCUUACAAAUAAUGAAUUUAAAGUUUACAAUGUUGAUAAAAGCGAACAAAUCUACCUUGUCGGAAAUAGUCAACAAGGAGACAUUAAUAAUCAAUUCCAUCAUUUGCAAUUUUGCCCUGCGAUGCCCAAGUGUUCUAUGGUGAUGACAUAUGGCAGUCACGAAGUUAGGUUUGUAUUGGGGAAAUCUAAAGUUAUGGAAUUAGAACCAUGGUUUUGUCUUCUAUCAAUCGAAGUGCCUGCUUGCAUAUAUAGCAAAGAUAAUCAUUAUAUUCCUACUGACAAUUUUGAGCAUGGCCUGGAAAUACGCUGUAUUAACUAUAUCAACAAUAAUGCUGGAUUUAUAAUUUUGAGAUACAAGUCGUAUAAAAAUGACUUCAAGGGCGUACUCGGUCUGAUCAAUAUGAAUAAAGAUGAUAUCGAUAGCAAUGGUUACUUUACUGAAUUUUCAAGUCGAUUUCAGCCGAUAUGGCAUGAUAUUGUAGACAGCGAUAGUAUUUCUGUAUCAAAUAUCCAGAAAUUUGCUGAAGAUAGCGAUUAUAGUACUGAAUCAGAAGACGAAGAAUCCUUGACAGACAGCGUUUCUAUUUCUAUAUCAAGUGACCAACUUGGCGAACUUGGUACAGAAAUACAAUUCAUGAAAGAUAGCGAUUGCAUUUCCGUAUCUAAUGACCAACAAUUUAUCGUUCUUGAUCCUGAUUUAUGUACAAUAAGCAAGAUAGUCGUAUUCAGGGUUGAAAAUGGUCUAGUCCAAUCCUAUACAAGAUUACCAUGUCACGAUCGGUGUCAAGUUGUACGAUUAAUUCCCAGCACUAAUCAACUGCUUGUCUUUGAGUACAAGCAUAAACAUUGCAUAUAUGAAUACAGUUUACAAGAUGAUAAAGACGUAGACGCGGAUAAGUCUGUUCAACACUUCCAGAAGACUAUUUCUGACUUUCUCAAACCGACUAUCUCUUUCCUCGAACCAGAAAUUGCAUUAUCGGUGUCCACAGGGGAUAUUGGAUUAGUACUGUUAUCCUUUGACGCUUACGAGGUCAAAAGCAAAUCUGCAAAGGAUAAAGCAGCUAAAAUAACUAAUGCUUUACUACCAUAUCAUAAAGUAAUUCUUCCAAUAAUGUCUUUAAUCGUGUGCGAUGUGUGUAGAAUGUUGGAACGUCAGAUUAUUGCGCUUGGACAGACUAAUUCAGUUGGUAAUUUGCAAAUUUUGGCCAAUACCGUUAUUCAUAGAGUUCUGAAUUACAUAUCAAAAAUUCAAAUCUACAAAGGCCAGGAAACUUCUCUUAUCGAUAUCGAAGAUUUAGCCAGAAAAUUCGUCGUUGGCGUAUUCGAAGGAGCGUCAAAGAAAUCUUCUAAACUAUUACUGAUCGAAUAUCGUGAAAUGAAAUACGAAAUUAGUUGUGGUACAUUGUUAAGCUAUGUACCUGUUAUCAAUGACAGCUUAAUAGGUGAAGGCAAAGCAUGCGAUCGAAAAGAUGCUUCUACAGGUUAUGAAAAAAUCUGGGGCUAUCGAAAUUUAUCAUUGCUAGCUGAUCCUUGUUAUGGCUACAAAGCAUCCAAUAAUUUUAAAUCAAAUUCAGAAGAGUACGAACUGAAUAGACUAGAUUUCGAUAUCCUCAAAAACUAUACGAGCCAAAAUCGAUUAUGUAAGAUAAAGGAUUUCGAAUCCUUGCGUUGCUAUUCCCUGCAAAUAUUAAAGUUAAGUCUCUGCGAUAACAAAACGGAUUCUGGUAAAGAUGGACCGAAAGAUACCCCCAAAAUUACCUAA